AUGAGUGAAAAUAUUUAUAAUGACUCGGCGAUUCCUUUCUACGUCAAGAAGCGCUACUUGAUUGUAUUACUAGCAUUUCUCGGAUUCGUCAAUCUUUACACGAUGCGCGUCAAUCUUAGUGUCGCGAUUGUUGCAAUGACUGAAAAUAAAACUGUGACUGAGGAUGGGAUGACUCAAUACAUUCAGGAAUUCAAUUGGGAUUCGAGGCAGCGGGGAUUUGCAUUGGCAGCAUUUUUCUACGGUUACAUUACGACUCAGUUUCUCGGUGGAUACAUUUCAUCGAAAUUUGGCGGCAGUUUGAUUUUCGGCUUUGGCAUCCUUGGAACUGCUGUGAUGACUAUGUUGACACCAAUAAUCAGUUAUCAGGGUGUUUACUAUCUCUACAUUGUUCGUGUUGUGGAAGGCAUAUUAGGCGGACUUGCAUUUCCAAGUAUCAAUGCAGUUUACGCAAAUUGGUCGCCUCCACUUGAACGUAGCAGAGUUUCCGGGUUUGCUGUUUCCGGAUGUUUUGCUGGAACUGUGGUUGCGAUGCUGUUGUCUGGAUGGCUUGGAGUUCAAUUUGGUUGGCAAAGCAUUUUCUAUGUGUUUGGUGUCGCUGCAAUAAUCUGGUCGAUUGUUUGGUUCAUCAUUGUCAGAGAAAGUCCAGAAAAGGAUACGAAAAUGUGUGAGAAGGAGAGAAAUUUCAUUCAAAAAAGUUUGGAGCGACAGGGACAAGUCAAUGUGGUGAAUCCACCAUGGAAGUCGAUUUUCACAUCGAUGCCAGUUGUCGCAGUGGCGGUUGCACAUUUCUCAUACAAUUGGGGAUUCUACACGUUGUUGACUCACCUGCCUUCAUACAUGAAUGACAUCCUUGAGUUUGAUCUUCAAGAAAGUGGAAUCUUGUCAGCAAUUCCUUAUCUUAUGCUGUCGCUGUGUCUAUUCUUGUCAGGAUUUUUGGCUGAUUGGUUGCAAAUGGAAAAUCGUUUGUCAGUGACGCAAGUCAGGAAAUAUUUCACCAAUCUUUCCUUCUUCGCACAGAUGAUCUUCCUACUUAUGGCAGCUUAUUUCACUGAGACAACUGCUGUCAUCAUUUGCAUAACUUUAUCAGUCGGGCUUGGCGCGUUUUCAAUUUCUGGAUAUUUGGCGAAUCCACUUGACAUUGCACCACAAUUCGCGAGCAUAAUUGUGGGUUAUUCAAACACAUUUGCAACUCUUCCAGGUCUAAUAUCGCCAGUUUUAACUGGAUUUAUAGUUUCAACGCCGACUGAAUUGGAGUACAAAGUAGUCUUCUUCAUAGCGAGUGGAAUUUACUUGAUCGGCAUCUUUGUUUAUGCAAUAUUUGCCACUGGAAAACUUCAGCCUUGGGCUGUAAUUGUGGGAAUUGUGGCGAUGACUGAAGUACGAACUGUUUUGCAUACAAAUGAAACCGGAAAUUACACGACAUAUGAACAAUACUUUGAUUGGGAUUCUAAGCAACAAGGAUUAGUGUUGAGUUCGUUCUUUUAUGGCUACAUUGCAACACAAUUUGUUGGUGGAAUUAUCGCACGAAAGAUUGGAGGAAAUGUUUUGCUUGGUUUGGGAAUUUUUGCAACGUCAGUGUUGACACUUUUAUCACCAUUAGCAGCGCAUGCUGGAGUUGGAGCGUUUGUAGCUUUAAGAAUUCUUAUGGGAUUAGCUGAAGGUGUGACGUUUCCUUGCAUGCAUCAAAUCUGGUCAAAGUGGGCGCCUCCAUUAGAAAGAUCACGAAUGGCGAGUAUUCAAUAUGCCGGAACUUUCGUUGGAAUGGUGAUUGCGAUGUCAACAUGUGGAAUUCUAGCAGAAACUUACGGGUGGGAAAGCGUCUUCUAUGUCUUUGGUGGAGUUGGUUGUAUCUGGUACAUCUUUUGGGUUGCCAUUGUACGAGAAAGUCCUGAAAAAGAUCCAUACAUCAGCGAUGAAGAGAAACGUUACAUCAUGGCAUGUCUUAACCAAUCGAAAGGAAAAUCGUCACCUAAAAAGGUUCCAUGGAUGGCAAUCUUCACAUCGAGUGCUGUCUGGGCCAUAGCAGCUUCACAUUUUGCAGAGAAUUGGGGAGUCUAUACAAUGUUAACUCAACUUCCACUAUUCUUAAAAUAUAAUUUAAAUUUUGAUCUAGCAAAUAGUGGAUUUAUAGCUGCAGUUCCAUACUUGACACUUGGCAUUAUUCUCUUUUUUGUUGGAUAUAUUGCCGAUUGGGUUCAGGAGAAGAAUUGGUUGACGACGACACAAGUGAGAAAAUAUUUCAACUGCGCUGCUUUUGUUUCGCAAACUGUUUUCAUGUUACUCGCUGCUUAUCAACGUGAUCGUGUGUUGAUAAUUGUUUGUAUAACAUUUGGAGCAGCAUUAGGUGCGCUUUCAAUUUGUGGUUAUGGUGUGAACCAUCUUGAUAUCGCUCCUGAGUACGCUUCAAUUCUAAUGGGAUUGUCAAAUACAGUCGCAACUAUUCCUGGCAUUAUUUCACCUUUAAUUGCCGGCUUUAUUGUUACUGAACAAACUAUGACAUCCGCGGUUGAAAGGAAUCUUGAGAUGAUGAAUGAAAAGCAUGUGGAAGAUUCAACACCAUUCUGGAAGAGGCGAAGAUAUUUCGUCGUUCUAAUGGCCUUUAUGGGUCUCUUCAACGUUUAUGCUCUUCGAGUGAAUUUAAGUGUAGCAAUCGUCGCAAUGACAGAGAAUAGAACGGUGACUCACGAUGAUGGAACAACAACAUACGAACAGUAUUUCCCAUGGGACUCCAAAGACAAAGGAUAUGUGCUGAGUUCAUUCUUCUAUGGAUAUUUAUGCACACAAAUAAUUGGCGGAGUGAUUGCAGCAAAAAUUGGUGGCAACCUUCUCUUUGGCAUUGGUGUCGGUGCGACAGCAAUUUUAACACUUUUCACUCCAGCAUGUGCCAACCUGGGACUUUGGGCACUUAUAACUGUACGCAUUGUUGAAGGUCUCUUUGAGGGUGUGACUUACUCAGCACUUUACGAAAUGUGGUCAAAAUGGGCGCCGCCUUACGAGCGAUCACGCAUGGUAGUCGCGGCAUUUACUGGGAAUUAUAUCGGAAUUGUCGUUAGCUUGCCGGUAUCUGGAAUUCUAGCGGAAGUGUGGGGGUGGGAAAGUAUCUUUUAUGUGUUUGGUGUUGUUGGAUGCGUUUGGACAGCUGCAUGGCUAUUUCUUGUAAGAAAAUCACCAGGAGUUGAUCCAUUCAUCACAGAGAAUGAACGGAAGUACAUUGAAUCAUCACUUGCGAGACAAUCACUUGAUAAGGCAGUUCCAAUUCCAUGGAAAGCUAUUUGGACUUCGUCUGCUGUCUGGGCUAUAAUUGCUGCGCAAUUUUCAGAAGGUUGGGGAUUCUUUACACUACAAACUCAAUUGCCGCAGUUUUUGAAAGAUGUUCUUAAUUUCGAUAUUGCAAAGUCUGGGAUUGUCUCUGCAAUUCCUUAUCUGUCAAUGUCAUUCAUGCUUCAAGUUGCCGGAUAUCUUUCCGAUUGGGUUCGUAUUAAAGGAUAUUUAACAACGGGACAAACUCGAAGAUAUUUCAACUGCAUAGCGUUUAUUGGUCAAACUGUGUGUAUGAUGUUAGCUGCAUUCUUCUUACAACCUGUUUCGUCAGUGACGUUCAUCACGAUUGGAGUUGCACUUGCUUCGUUUGCUUAUUCGAGCUUCUCGGUCAAUUAUUUAGACAUUGCACCGCAAUUCGCGGGUGUUUUAAUGGGAAUUUGUAAUAGUUUUGCGACUAUCGCGGGGAUCGUUAGUCCAAUUUUAACUGGGUAUAUUGUCAAAACACCGAGUGAAGGAGAAUGGAAAAUAAUAUUUUACAUAGCAAGUGGAAUUUAUCUUUUCGGCGCUGUAAUAUAUUGGUUUUGGGCGCAGGGUGAGGUUCAACCUUGGGCGAUUCAAGAAGCAGAAGCUGAAGAAGAGAAACACGGAAACAACACUCAAGUAACAGGAUUUUCUAAUCCAGCAUUGGAUAUUAAGGAAUAGCUUUAUUAGAAUUAGAAUUGAAAUGUACUCUUUCUUUUUUGCAUUUUACGUGAGUUAAACUUUUUUUGAUUACAUUUGUAAAUAUAUUAAAACAGUAUUGACCAGAACACUUAGCUGUCUGUCAGCUCAUUUAUUAAUAGACACAAAAGUAUUUUGCUGCUUUGGUAGAUAAUAAGGGCAUAACAAUAAGAUUACAGUGAUUAAGCAAAUGCGAAACAAAAAACCAUAAUAAAGCAAUUUCAAAAAAUUUUAUGAUUUCAUUAGUUCUUGAUGAACGUCGGCAGACUGAAAUCACUUAAAAAUUCAUGAGAAUAAAACGUUUCUAAAUUACAAAUU